AUGUCCUGGAACGCUUCGAACUGCCCCGACGGUGUUCCGGAGUUUUCGAAUGUCGACAUUCCGUCCAAUAUUACCUUUGCUUUCGUACCAUCCACCAAUACCAGCAACCCAGCAUUCGUGGCCUGCUGCAAUCCAAACCCCAUCAGCAUUGCUGACGGCUGUUUUGCCUGGUGCGAGGCUCCACCAGACCUGGCCUCAGAGCAAAACUUUUCGAGCUGUCUCACCAUCAACGAAGACGAUGGCAGCAGGUGGAGACAUGGUAUCCUGGGAUUCCAUGAGAAGAAUGGUGCUUCGACCAGGGGCUCGGCAAUGAGCCUGUUCGUGUUGGGUAUCUGGGUUUUGGGCGUGGCGGCGCUCUUUUGA